CCACUUAGAACCUGUCUUUAACUAUAUAUCUUCAUUGAAAGUGUUUAAAACAAAAUACCACUUUGUAAAAUCUGAUGUAAUUUUACUAGUAGCCUACAGUACUUUUAGUAAAACUACAGAAGAAAAAUGUACUUAAAGUAGCAAAGGUAUUGGUAAGGCUUUUCUAAGAGCGUUGUAUUUUUUAUCAUUAUCAGAAUAGUAUUAAAUAAGCGAUGCCUUAUUAUAUUUGAAAGAUAUUACUUUACAUGUAAUGGAAUCUAUAUUGAUACAUUGUACAUAGUUUAGAGGUUUAUCGAGAUUUGCGAAAUCUGAAUCUUCAACUGUAGUUGUAAAACAAAUGUGCCCGAGUACAAGUAUAAAGUAAGAUGAAGUAGUAGUAUCUCAGAAGUGUGCUUGAGUACGGUAUUUAAGUGAAAUUAGUUUCUUUUAGCCGCUGUCUCGCUGACAAAGAGAGAAAACAUUCUUUCCUUUUUUCUUUACUUCCUGGAGAAAAAAAGAAAAACUUUCCUCAAGUGUGACACUUUAAAAUAGCCCAGAUGAUCAUUAAUUUGCGUAAUUGAAUACAACAAAAAUACAACUGCACUAUUUUAGUGUUGAAAACGAGUUUCACAUGACGGCGUCCCUAUUUGUGUCAAUUCGUGUUUCACGUCACAGACUUGAUCGCAGCACAUCCGCUUCUUCUUUCUUCUUCUCCUCCCUCUGUGUACUCGCUUCGACACCACGUCACACCGAGCGGCCCAGUUAAAGGUGACGCAAUCUGUCACAAUCCGAGCCGUUUAGACGACACUCUCUCAAUCUCGCCCUUUCCAACUUCUACCUGACCCACAUGGGGGACGAGGAAGUCCUGAGUCCACAUUUGCUCAAACAAACAACGAGUCAAGUAGGCCAAGGGCACGCUGUAAAUUCAAAAGGGGAAACAGAAGAGCAAUGUUUCCACCACUCAUAUUCCUGUAAGGACACGAGCCAUGGCGACAAGAAGGUGUUUUCGUGCCAGGGCCUCCAGCUGGCGGUGAGCUGGUUCUGGGACAAAGGGCUGCGAGACAUCACCGUGUUCGUUCCCCUGUGGAGGAAAGAGCAGCCGCGGCCCGAGGCGCCCAUCACAGAUCAACAUGUCCUCCAUGAGCUGGAGAGGAGGAAGAUACUGGUGUACACGCCGUCGCGCUGCGUGAACGGUAAGAGGGUGGUGUGCUACGACGACCGCUACAUCAUCAAGCUGGCCGUCGACUCGGACGGCAUCAUCGUGUCCAACGACAACUACCGCGACCUGCAGACGGAGAAUCCCCAGUGGAAGAAGUUCAUCGAGGAGCGGCUGCUGAUGUACACCUUCGCUAAUGACAAGUUUAUGCCUCCCGACGAUCCUCUGGGGAGAAAUGGUCCCACCAUUGAUGAUUUUCUGCGAAAGAAGUCGUGGACCCCGGAGAACAAGCUGCAGCACUGUCCCUACGGAAAGAAGUGUACUUACGGAGUCAAGUGCAAGUUCUACCACCCGGAGCGGGCCAACCAAUCGCAGCUGUCAGUGGCCGAUGAGCUGAGGGCGCUGAGAGACAAAGCCAAGAACUUCUCUUCCAAACCGAGCUUGCCGGACACGCACUGCCGCCCUGCUGCGUAUCAGCCGGAGCUCAGGUACACUUCGUCCACCCCUCCGCCCCUGAUCUUAGAGGAUCAGUCCCACAGGGCUUCGCCCAGCGAGCAGUUCAUCUAUCACAGGGACGCCGGCAGCCCGAGAAGCCAACCCAACACGAGCCUCCGCCUCUGCCCAAGCCCGGAAGAGGACGAGGCCUUCGGCUCCAUGGAGAGCUCCAUGUCCAGGCUCUACAUCCAGGAUGUUUCCUACAGCUUGGAGCGUCCUCCACACAGCUUCAGCAGCGGCGUGGCCAGCUACGGCCUGAGCCACGACGACUACUCCCUCUCAGGGUCCUUCGGCGGGAACACCCAGAGGCCCUGCCUGGGUGGGGGGGGUUACUACCCUCAUCAAAACGGCUCGUUGCCAUGCGAACGCCUCGCCUGCAGCCAGUGCAGGUGUGGCCACCAGGAGACGAGGAUGGGCCACCAGCAUCAGUCGACAUGGGCCUCCUGCCCUGCUCUGCCUCCACAUAACGGGGCACAUCCUGGCCGCUUCUCAGAGAAGGAGUGCUGGAGGCAGCCCUAUCACAGACAAAGCCACAGCUUGCCAAGGGACCCGUGGGUGCAGGGCCGAGCCAAGAACCCGUCGGGGGAGCAAAGGAAGGGCCUGAGGAGCCAGCUGAGCACCCUCUUCCCUCAGAGCACAGUGGAGCAGGUCAUGAAUGCUUACCCACACACCUCAGACAUGACCGAACUGAUUUCUCUUAUCCAGAGCGACAGGACCAGUCACAUCUCCUUCUAGAUUAGAAAGGCGCUUUUUUAUUAUUAGUUCUGACUCAAACUGAGUCCACACCGGAGUUCUCAUCCCAGAAGCAAAGUGAAAACUGAAAAAAAAAGAAAAGAGAAUGUUUUUUCGUUCUCUUGAUUAUCACUGGAGCUUGGACGCAUUCCAAACUCUCCCUGUAUUUUCAGCAUUAAAAGUGACUCAAUUUGUAGCAGGCCAAAUGCUAUUUCUUUAAUAUAAAAGUGCAAUGCACUACGCUUCAUACAUGCUACCUAUUGUAGCAGCGAAAAUGGUUUAUUAAAGCAGCAUGUGUUGUUUUCUCAAGUAGCCUCAAAGUGAGGAACUCUAUUGUCGUGUUCUGCACUUGUGUAAAUAAAUAAGCCUUUGACUUGUUUUUAUAUGAAUUCUAUCGUUUUGCUGUCCCUGUGAAAUAAAAGCACUCAAAUCGC